AUGCAGAAAUUUCACCAAAGUGCUCUUGUUGAGAGGCACAGAUUUUACGGCAAACAUCAAGGCUUCAGCACUGCCCGACGUGACAGAUCCUGUUCUCGCCGCACGGUCACGUGCAUGUUCUGUGGUCCAAAAGUCGCCUCGGUCCCGCUCUCGAGUUUUCUCGGGCUGAGGGGUGGGACGGACGGAGGGUUGAGGCCCGAACUCGCCCCAGAGGACCUGGGCGCUGCCCCUGGAGCAGAGGGCGGUGGCGGCAACGGCACGCUCUACGGCGUGAUUGGUGGCUUGGCAGCUCGUUCCAGUUCCAUGUUGAACCUUUCGGCCUCGGACUCACUUAAUCACAGGCUGAAACUGGGGGCGGAUGUUUUCAGACUUCCGACUAGAUUCAACCACGCCCCUGACGAAGGUGGCAUUGCGGGAGUCGCGGCUUUGGCCGGUGGUGCCUACUACUUCAUGUCUGGAGGAGAGAAGAAGAAGGCCUGCAUGCGCUUCCGGAGCUUCAGCUUUGGUGCUUGGGACACUAGGAGUGAUCAACAGAUUCUGAGGCGUGCACACCACCCCUCCCGCACCCCCCCAGCGAUCGCUCACAGUCUUCCAUCCCCCAAUCCACUUUUAUCCCACAUUGAUCAUCUCUCGGCGGCAGAAGAAGUCGAAGCGUGCUGUCGGCGUGGAGCAGGCGAGAGGAGAUGGUUAGACAAACUUCAUGCUAUGUUUUUUUGA